AAAAUCAUAACUCAUAUCAUUUUAAUUCGUUUGAAACAGUUUUGGACCCCGAAAUGCCCCGCUGCACAUACGAGGUGACUCUCAGACUUGGACGGAUUCGAUAGAACGACAAGUCGAGGAUAUCGACUUUACCGCGGCCACCUUCCUGUAAACGGUCUAGCGCAAUACUCGUCGUCACUGUUCCAGUGCAGCUCACCUUCAAACAUCCCAAAUAUAACGUUCGCCUCCAGUCACCAAUAUCAGGGACGGCUCCUGCUGGUCGGCAAUGAAAGGAAGGAAGCUUUGCCAGAGCGUCAGAGCUUGAAUUCUUUUGAAGCGAUCUUGCAGGGUGCAACUCAAUCAAGUCGAAUCAUACUUCUAGUCCGCGGGUCCUCCACGUGUGCUUGCAAAUGGCUUCAUAUUUACCUGUGUUCCUUCUCUCAGCCUUUACGCUUAUCAUCCAAGGUUACUCCCUUUUAGUUCCUCAAACCCAUUACUCUUCGUCGGAAGCUUCUCUUCCCCUUCCUCUCGUCAUCUGGCAUGGCCUUGGCGACACAUACAAUGCAGACGGUAUUCUUUCAGUCGGUGAAUUAGCAGAACGGAUCCACCCUGGAACCUUCGUGUACAACAUUCGCAUCAAUGACGAUCCUAGUUCAGACCGACGCGCCACUUUCUUUGGAAACUUGACGGAGCAGCUCACCAAAGUCUGCGCCGACAUUGGAUCACAUCCAAUCUUGUCGACCGCUCCCGCCAUUGACGCGCUCGGCUUCUCACAAGGCGGCCAGUUUCUCCGCGGUUACAUCGAGCGUUGCAACGCUCCUCCAGUCCGAUCCUUGGUGACCUUUGGCAGUCAACAUAACGGGAUCAGUGACUUCCAAACUUGUGGUCCCACCGACUGGCUUUGCAAAGCCGCUAUUGGCCUGCUCCGCAGCAAUUCUUGGAGCCACUACGUUCAAGCCCGUGUCGUACCAGCCCAGUACUACCGGGACGCAGAAGACAUGCCCAGCUAUCUAGAGUAUUCCAAUUACCUCGCAGAUAUCAACAAUGAACGCGCCAAUAAAAGCGAUUCGUACAAGAAAAACCUCCAGAGCCUCGAGAAUUUCAUCAUGUACAUGUUUACGGAAGACACCACUGUCAUUCCUAAGGAAACGUCUUGGUUCGCAGAGGUCAACUCCACCACAGGCGACGUCACGCCUCUAAAAGACAGAGCCAUCUAUCAGGAGGAUUGGCUUGGCUUGAAAUUGCUUGAUCAGAAUGGUGCCUUGAAAUUCUUGACAGUCGACGGCGCUCAUAUGGAGCUCGAUGAUAAGGUCCUCGGCGAGGCCUUUUCCAAAUACUUUGGUCCUCAAAGGAAGGACAAGACGGAAAAUUCAGGUGACCAAGUACAGAUGGAAUUGUGACUUUUUUUUUGCGCCUAUCAAAUUACUCGCAUAAUUUAUUUACUAGCAUAAAUCAGAACUCGAUUCACAUUGUGGAGAUCAAUGAUAUCAGCAUCCGCGGCUAUUAAUCCUAUAUAUUUGAGCACAUGGAGAAAAGAACUUUUGAAGAUGUCCUCGUACAGAGUCUAGUCCAGUUUUCCCAAUCUGGAGACAUACAAUGACAAAAGCAUGAUCCACCGACUCCGAACCCCGAAAGCCUAUACAAACGUUUUGAGAUGCUGUAAGAGCUGUAGCAUUUAAGCAGACUUGACGGUCUUGGUCUUCUUGGCCUUGAUCUUGGCCUUUCCGCCAUCUGCAAGUGGCACUUCCUUGGAAACCUUGCUGACAACGCUGUCGCCUUCAGUCUCGGCAGCGGCU